AUGGUGGCUUGUAAAUUUUAUCAAGCUGGAAAUUGUCGAUAUGGACAAAAACGUGGUAACCAAUGGCCACUAUCCUGUUUCGGUCCAUUCAAAGAACAACCCUGCAUUCCGGGUUUCGAAGACAUCUCCCCAGAAGAGGUCCGCUGGGAGAUGUACCAAGCAGAGAAAAACAACACAGUUGAGCAAGCAAAGCAGCAGUUCCACCAACUGUGCCAAGACGCAAUGUCAAAGCGGAACGUCCUUAAGAACCCGACCAUAGAAACCGCAAAAAUGCUCGAGAAGCUCCACAAGGGCACCAGUGACCCUCAACAACCUUCGAACAACGUCCUGCGCGGAACCUUGUUCCCCUCUUCGGGAAUCUUCAGUUCCCAGAACAGUUCCAGUCCGUUCACCACCAGGAACUUCACUCCCACCACUACAUCUUUGUUCUCCAGCACAGCGACCUCUACGCCAUCUAUUUUCGGAACUAGCAACUUCUCAGGAACCCAAAGUGGCGGUUCCAUGUUCGGUGGCGCCACCCAGCAGACAUUUUCCCAACCAGCUCCAAGUGUGUUUUCAAGUAACAAUUCCGGGAGUAUUUUUGGUGUUCCUGGAACUGGAACCGCCAAUAAUUACGGAACAAACACAAAUUUGUUCACCAGCAGCGCAGCGCAAUCUCCGGGGAUUUUUACAACUACUCUAGGCGCCACUAACACCUUAGCAAAUCCUCUGUUCGGUCAAAAAAAUACUCCCGCGUUUGGUGGCGCGCCAGUUUUUGGUGGAACUGCUUCGAACUUUGGGAACAAUGUUGUUCCAGGUCUGUUCAACAAGCCCCAAGCUUCUGUAUUUACUAAUAAUAAUAAUAAUCCUCCCGCGAACACAUUUGGAACCGCAGUUCCAACAUUUGCACCCAAUACAGCAUCAAAUUUUGGCAAUAACUUCUUCAGUUCCGCGAACACUGCGCCGUUUAACUCUGGUUCCUCAUUUGGAACCGGUUCCACUUCUGGAACAUCGACUACUGGUGCUGCCACCGGUACUAAGACGACCCCUAGCAAUCCUUUCGCAUUAUCCGGCCAGCCGUUCGUCAAUAAUCCCUUUGGAACCGGUUCUGGAUUAGUGGCUGUUCCUGGAACCGCCAAUAUUGAUCCGUAUUGUUAUUCGCCGCCAGAGGCGCUUACGGAUGAGGAGAAGAGUUAUUUUGCUGCGGAUAAAUUUAUUUUGGGAAGAAUUCCACUCAAGCCACCUAGUGUUGAAAUAAGAUAA